AUGGCAGUGUCUUUCGAUCUCUUGCAGAUUCCCUUUUACGGCCUUGUGGCUGGAGGUAUCGUGAUUACGUGGUCGUUGAGGAAGGCCGUACAAGCCUUUCAAAGAUGGAAGUACGCUCGCGAAAACGGCUGCCAAUCCCCAGCACACUCUGUGUCUCACGGCUUGUUUGGUCUUGGCAUGGCCAUGGAAGUAGCCAGAGCCGGCCCGGAGCAUAGAUUUCUCGAACUUAUUCGCGGCUGGCAUAGAAGCUACGGUCCGACAUUCAAGGCGAGAAUCCUCAAUCGAAAAUUCAUUUUCACGGUCGAACCACAGAACAUCCAAACAAUUCUCGCGUUGAAAUUCAAAGACUUCGGAAUAAGUUCAGCUCGAAUAGAUGCUCUCCGUCCACUCAUGGGCAAAGGCAUCUUCGGUGUAGACGGUAGCGAGUGGGAACAUGCACGAGCUCUCCUCAGGCCAAAUUUCUCGCGCACUCAGAUUCACGACACUCAAUUGUAUGAGAAUCACGUUGCGGAGCUGAUUGAGCGAAUCCCGCGCGACGGAUCGACCAUCGAUUUGGUCCCACUAUUUCUCAAGGGAACUCUUGACACUGCCACCGAGUUUCUGUUUGGAGAGUCUGCUCACUCGCUACGCAAAGAAGAAUCUUCUUCAGGUGCGAAAUUUGCUAAAUCCUUUGAUGCAGCCGGACACGUGACUGCCAUGCGCUUUCGACUUGGGGCUUUCGGGAGGUUCUACCGCAGGAAGGAAUACAACAAAGCCAUUAGAGAUACCCGCACCUAUAUUGAGAGAUUUGUACAAAAGACUAUCGACUAUCGUGUCGCGCUCAACAGCGGCCGUGAAGUUGAUCAAGAGAUCAAGCGAUUGACUGAAAGCCGAUAUAUAUUUUCCUAUGAGCUGUCGAAGCAAACACUUGACAAGACCAACAUAGCAGACCAGCUAGUGAGUAUUAUGUUUGCUGGUCGCGACACCACUGCUGGCCUAUUAAGCACUGUGUUCUUCAUCCUGGCCAGAGAGCCCGAUGUGUGGACCAAACUUCGAAAAGAAGUGCUCGCUUUGGAUGGAAAAAAGCCAUCAUUCGAGGAUCUAAAAUCCAUGACGUACCUGACCUGGGUUGUGAACGAGACUCAGCGCAUGUACCCACUCGUCCCUUUCAAUAUACGCCAAGCCAACAGAGAUACAUAUCUUCCCGUUGGCGGUGGCCCGGAUGGAAAGUCCCCUGUUUACGUACCUAAGGGCCACGAGAUUAUCUACAGCAUAUACACAAUGCAGCGCGAUAAAGAAGUCUUCGGACCCGAUGCGGAUGAGUUCCGCCCAGAGAGAUGGGAAAAUCUCAAGCCUGGUUGGGGGUACAUUCCGUUUAACGGAGGUCCUCGGAUAUGCAUAGGCCAGCAGUUCGCGCUAACUGAGGCUGGAUACACUAUUACUAGGAUUAUGCAAAGUUUUGAGGCAAUUGAAACUCGGGAUCCUAAUCCCUGGACGGAGGAUUUGGGAUUGACGUUGGCAAAUGCUAAUGGGACAAAGGUUGCUCUGAUACCUGUUCAGAAUUGA